CCGAGUGACGAAUCAAAACAAACUUGUUGUGGAGCGGCCGGGUGAUGGUGCGGUGUCCUCCCGGGUCAGUCUCGUGUCCUCGCUGCUCUCUCACCAAUAAAGAUGACGGAGUCGCUACCGGUGAACAAGGUGGUGGUGCACCCGCUGGUGCUGCUGAGCGUGGUGGACCACUUCACCAGGAUGUCCAAGAUCGGCAGCACCAAACGUGUGGUCGGGGUCCUCCUGGGGUCGUGGCGCUCCAAGGGCGUCCUCGAUGUCUCGAAUUCUUACGCAGUUCCUUUUGAUGAAGAUGAAAAGGACAAAUCUGUUUGGUUCCUUGACCAUGACUACUUGGAGAAUAAAUACAAUAUGUUUAAAAAGGUUAAUGCCCGCGAGAAGAUUGUUGGAUGGUAUCAUACAGGACCAAAGCUCUGCCAGAACGACAUUGCCAUUAACGAUUUGGUCAAGAGGCAUUGUGGUAAUUCAGUUUUAGUGAUCAUUGAUGCUCAUGCAUCAAAUAUCGGACUUCCUACAGAAGCUUAUUACAGUGUGGAGGAGGUUCAUGAUGAUGGUACGCCCACAACCAAAACAUUUGAGCAUGUAGCAAGUGAAAUUGGUGCGGAGGAGGCUGAAGAGGUUGGGGUGGAGCAUCUAUUGAGAGAUAUUAAGGAUACAGUGGUGGGCUCUCUAGGGCAGCGCAUCACAACACAACUCCUGGGUCUUCGUGGCCUACACAAACAGCUUAGCGAAGUGGCCAAUUACCUCCGACAAAUUGUGGAGGGAACGUUACCUGUUAACCACACCAUAGUCUAUCACCUACAGGACAUGUUCAACCUGCUGCCAGAUGUGACCAACCCUGCACUAGUGAAGUCCCUCUAUGUCAAAACCAACGACCAGAUGUUGGUGGUGUACCUGGCAUCGCUCAUCCGCUCUGUGAUCGCCCUUCACAACCUCAUCAACAACAAGCUGGCCAACACUGAUGCAGAAAAAAAGGAAGGCAAAGAUAAGGACAAGGACAAGGAUAAGGAUAAAGAUAAAGACAAAAAAGAUGGAGAUAAGGAGAAGAAAGAUGAAUCAAAAGAUGAAAAGAAGAGUGAUGAAAAGAAGUAAUCGAAUAAAUGACAUUAAAAUGUAAUAUUUAUUCUUAAAUAUGUGUAACAUCAGGAAAUAUUCCCUAAUAUGACCAGUGUAGUGAAUGAGAAUAAACAUCUUUGCAGGUAAAUGCUUUAACUGGAUUUUAAAAUUGAAAAGUGCUAGAAACAUUAUUCAAGACUAGCUUUCUACAAGCUGAAUGUCAGUGUUCGUAUUGGUGUUAUAAUGCAGAAAGACGUUACUACUGUUCAUAUCUGCUAGAUACACGCUGAAGCAGAUAUAUAAUUCCUUUAUUUUAUGGAUGAAGCGGCUCUUUUUCAAAUGUCAGCGAUACGUUUAAUGCCGCAGUUUAUACAAACCAUGAAAUAAAUUUCAUGUGAACUUCUUGCUAGCUAUAAUAUGUGGAUAAGGUUUGUGUACCCCAUAAUCAACAAAGUUUUCUUUGCUCAUCAUUUAGCUAGCACUAUCACAAUAAGAGAAAUUUUCCAAUAUUUUGUAUAAUAUAAUUGUGUAGAAGGAAGUAUUUAAAGCUGCAUUAACAUGACUACACACUUUACCUUAGGAAGUGGUAUGGCCAAUUGAUACGUACUUCUGGGAAGUUUUGGGUCCGAGCUUCAUGGGGAUUCUUUUCUGUAGCAUUAAAUAUAAAUUUCAUAUA